AGAGCAGCGAGUAGUGAUUGUUAUUCUCUCUGUAUAAUCAGCACUGAGGCACCAGCACUAUGGGCAUUGCACUAUUCACUUCCAAAACCUUCCUCUUCUUGGUCAGCCUCAUCUUCCUGGCGGCCUCUGUGGGUCUGGCCUAUGUUGGAAUAAGCACUAUUGUUACAUAUAAACAAUAUGAAAACCUUCUCGGGAACAUGUACGUGAUGCUGCCGUCGGUGAUUAUUCUCGCCAUAGCGGUCAUCAUGUUCUUCAUCGCGAUUUUAGGCUGCUGUUCUACUACACAGGAAUCCUGCUGCGGAUUGGGAUGUUUUAUGUUCUUGAUCUCCAUCAUCUUUGCCGCGGGAGUGGCUGCCAUCAUCUUGGGGCUUGUGUUUGUCGAUAAGAUUAACCCCGAACUGGAAAAAAACAUGGACACCCUGUUCAAGAACUAUAACGGCGCUGAUGCCCCGAGCUCAACAGUGGAUUUUAUCCAGGAGCAGCUGGAGUGUUGUGGAAGGAAAAAUUACACUGACUGGGUGGAAACAGACUGGUAUUCAAACAACAAGUCCCUGCCUCUGAGUUGCUGUAAGAAGAAUGCCCAGGAUUGCCAGCCAGUGAUUGGGCAGAAAAAUGACAUUUACACAGAGGCCUGUGAGCCAAAACUGGAGACUCUGAUCCACCAAGUGCUGCGCUAUUCCUUGUUUGUCAUCCUUGGAUUCGCCAUUGUAGAGCUCCUUGCGAUGAUAAGUAUAUGCGUGGUCUCCUGCAGACCCUCCCGGCACACGUAUCAGCUUCUCUGAGCAGAACUCAGGGCACAAGAACAAAACCCAAAGGAGUCUGUAAAGAACCAUUGCACGUCUUCUGCUCGUUCAUGAACAAAUGCUGCAAAUCCGCAGGACCAUGACCUUUGUCUCCCAUUAUCUCAUUGUCUGUCUCUGUAAAUAAACUCUGAACUUAAACAGCUUCAUAGGAGCCAAAUGCCCUUUCCAAACUUCUACUCUAGCAUAACAACAUUAUGUAAACACCAGACUUUCAGCUCAUGUCUUUGUGUUUGGAAUAAUAAUAAUAAUAAUAAAAAUGAUUAAAAAA